AUGGGGCAGCUAGAGGUCAUUGACCUCGUCCGCUCCGGCGCCGCUUGCUCCUCCUGGCACGCCGCGUUCACGGCCUUCCGCUGUCUCCGCGUUCCAUCCCCGAAGCAGCCCCCCUGUGCAAUCUACUCCGCCCGCGGCGAUGACCCCGACAUCGCAGUGCUCUGCGCCCCUUGCAGAUCGACCUCCAUCGAUGCUUCCAGUUCCAGAUCGCCCUCCAUUCGUACUGCCCUCCCGGGCCUUCCGCUCAGCAGCCGGACCUUCGUCGGCUCGGCGUACGGGUGGCUCGUCACCGCAGACGAGGAUUCCAACCUCCACGUCGUGAAUCCCCUCACCGGUGCCCAGGUCGCGCUCCAGCCCCUCGCCAGUCUCCACAACGUCGAGAGCGUAACAGGCGAGGGCGGCGACCUAACAUACCGGGUCUUUGUGAACCGGGACGCUGACGAGGAGCCCACUGACACCCUCACCGCCCUUGCCGCGCGCGAGACCAUGUACUUCCGCGCCGUCCUGUCGUGCUCACCUUCCGCUGGGGCCGAAUGCAUUGUGCUCCUCAUUCACUGGCCAGAAGGCGAGCUCUCGUUCGCCAGGCUUGGCGAUGAGUCCUGGACACCGGUCUCCGCCAUGGGCCAUGGCCCUCUCGAGCGCAGCGGCUACCAUGAUGCUGUCUUCAACUCUGACAAUGGUCUGCUCUAUGCGCUGCGCUUUGACAGCGCUAUCUACACCUUGGACCAAAAUGGGCAUUCACCGUCAGCUAGCAGCAUCAUGCGUUCAGCAAUGCCGAUGUACAAUCCUGGCCGCACCCAUGAUCUCAUAACAAUGUACCUUGUCAAGACGCCAUCAGGCGACCUCCUGCAGGUGUUCAGGUGGAUAGAAAUGACCCUGUACCAAUGGUGGCGCCAUCCGCCAUACACCGAUAACAAUGAGGACUACACCACAUACGCACAGAUUGAGUCAUUUGAUGUGCAGGUCUUCAAGGUUGAUCUCCAUGGACAAAAACUGGACCAGAUCACCACCUUGGGAGAUCACUCAUUGUUUCUUGGAUACAAUAAUUCCAUGUGCAUUUCAACUAAGGACUUGCCAGUGUUGGAGCCCAACCUUUUCUAUCUGAUGGACAACUGCAAACAUGAAUAUGCGACAGAAAAUUACCGGGACAUGGGUUUUUACAAAAUCGGAGAAAUUCCCAUAUACAAUGGAGGUCCAAGGACGCCCAACACUGAAUGUUUUCCCUUUUCUUCGAUGUCUUUCCCAGUCCCAAUUUGGAUUACGCCAUCUGUUUACUAG